CAACGACUUAAAAAGAAAUGUAGUUCCCUUUACUUUUCAAAUUGUCUGUUGAUCUCUAUUCUUAUACUAGUUGCAGAUACUUUCCUACACUUCCACUUUAGUUUUUAACCUUGUUUGUUUUCAGUAUUUACUACCACUAUGCACGCCUUCAAAAUCAUCUCUACCUCUCUGUCUCUGCUAGCUGGACUAGCUGCUGGCGCGACCACCCACUGCUGCAAUAACGGAACAGAAGAUGUUAAAGACUUCUGUGGCUCGCAAAGCACUCUGGAUCAUAAAAUAGUAGCGUUUUGCUGCGGCGACACAGAUCCUAAUUCAGACACUGGGUGUGAUGAAGAUAUAAACUUCCCAACAGGACGGGCAAUUUCAGUAGCUGCUGCCACAACCUGCACUUCUGGAGGCCAGACUGGUUUUAUUGCAUGUAGCGUAUAAAAGACUAUGUCUUUACUCCUAUCGUGUCAACAUAUCCUCUCCCCGUUGAUAAAGGCUGUUUAGAGGGAAGAUCAGAGACAGUCCUUUUAGUAGCCUAGAAAUACUGUUGAUAUAUUAUUUUAGCAGCGUUGAUUAAAUACCACCGCUAGUACACGUUGGGCUGGUUGUAAUCCCUAGGUCAUAAGCUUCCCCUGUUCUAGAAGGU